AUGCAGUUUUGGGAGGUGUUGGAUGAGGUGAUGAGAGGAGUGCCUAGUUUCGAGAAGAUUAUUGUAGCAGGGGAUUUCAAUGGGCAUAUUAGGGCGUUAUCGGGAGGCUUUGGCGAUGUGCAUGGAGGUUUUGGUUUUGGGGAGAGAAAUGGGGAGGGAACUGCUCUGUUGGAUUUUGCGAGGUCCUUUGGGUUGGUAGUGGUGAAUUCGAGUUUCCCGAAGAAGGACGAUCACCUGAUCACCUUUCGAAGCGCGACAGCCAAGACACAAAUUGACUUUUUGCUGCUUAGAAAAGGGAAUAGGGUGUUGUGUAAGGACUGGGACAUGGAUGGUAUGUGGGAUAGGGCGGCUAGGUGCAUCAAGGAGACUACUAGUAAGGUAUUGGGUAUUUUCAGGGGCUAUGUCGGCCAUCGUCGGGAGGAUUGGUGGUGGAAUGAAGAAGUUAGGAAGAAAGUGAGGACUAAGAAGGAGGUGUCUGCUAAUUUGGGUGAGAGUAAGGAUGAAGAUGAGAAGCGGGCUAAUAGGGAGGAGUACAAGAUAGUUAGAAAGGAGGCUAAGUUAGCAGUCACGGCGGCUAAGACGACAGCAUUCGAGAGCUUGUAUGCGGGGUUAUAG